AUGUUGAAGGAUUUGGUUAGAGAAAAACUUUUAGUGAUUAUGAAUACCAAAGCGUAUACUCAAUUCAAUCCGGAACAAUUACUGAAACUAGAAAAUGAAUUAAAAAUCUACAUGAAAAGUGGGGACUCUGCACUGACAGAGGUCAAUUAUUUUUUCUUAAUGGAAAUGCUUUUUUAUGUAUUGGUAUACCGGAACCAAGAUGUUGAUGCGCAAGUCAUAUACAAUACACUAAGAGACCGUCUUGGUGAAACCUCGUAUAAGAUGGUAAUCAUGAAAGCCACCUUAUUGCAAAUAAAUGGUGACGAUAAAGGCGCUAUUGAGUACCUGGAAAAUCUGUUGAAAGAUGAUCUAGAGUAUGAAACAGAUUUCGUUACUUACGUCUCCAUUGCCAAGAAACUAAUAGCAAUUAAGGCAAGCUGCAGGGAAUUGAGCCAAGAGGGUAUCCUUAAAGAAUUAGUGGCUCUUACAGAUAAAUUUCCCCUUGAUGCCGAGCUGUGGUGGUACUCCAGCGAGAUUUAUUUUGAAAUGGGUCAAUUUGAAAAAGCCCGUUAUUGUUUGGAACAGGUUCUGUGUAUCACACCAUUCAAUUAUGAUUGUUUUGGUAAACUAAGUGAGACUCUAUACUACGAGGCUCUGCAUAGCAAGAAGCAAGUAAAAGACGACCUUUUGAACAAAGCGUUGAAAAACGCUUUAAGAAGUGUGGAAUUAAGCGAACUAUACUUAAAAGGGUGGGCAUUGGUUUACGUCAUUUCUAACAGAAUGGGACGCGGUAAACAAAAUGAUCUAAUCAAACUAUCCACAUCUAAGUUAAAGGAAGUCUCCACGAAGUCCAACAAUAAAGAUAAGAUCACGGCUGAAUUAGUUUUAAAUAGUAUAUGA